AUGCGAGAAGCCGUCAAGGCGCUGACCUCGACCUUCUCCGCGCCCACCGUUCCGUACCCUCUGCCGGACGAGCUCCACCAGACCAUUGAGGCAUUCCUCGACCGCAACCCUGACAUAGAGGACCACGAUUCACAGCGCUUCCAUGAGGACCUGCUCUCGCUGUACCGAAAACAUGUUGCUGGCGUCCCAGACAAGCAUGGCUCCUUCCUCAGCGCGCUGCGACUGGUGCGCCCAGCCCUCACCAAUGAAGCGCGAUUGGCCGAGUGGUGGGGUUUGGUAGUAAAACCGACCAUAGAUGGCACGGGCUACAAGAGGCACGAGAUAGAAGACGCUCGAGAGAUUCUCCAAAGCAUAUUGGUCUUCGACGCAGACGAGGACAAGGAUGGCGAGCUUGCCUGGAUAUCUGGCCACUUCUCAAGGAAGGUGCUGGAUGUCUACCUUGCCAGGACGAAGAUUCCUUCUGCUGCUGACGACGUCAUUUCACCUGCAGACGAGUUCGUGUCUCACGAGCUGGAGUCUGUCCUUGUAGCAUUUGGUCGAAGAAAACCCAAGGAACUCCUCCUUCUUCUAGAUGAUCUUUUCCUGCAUAAGGCACACCGCAUCCAGGCGUUGAAUCUCCUCAGCGCAUUUGUACGGUUGCAACCACCACAUCUCUACCUUGUCCUCGAAACAAAUCUUAUCCAGCAUCUCGAAAAGUGUCUACUAAUCGACACGUCGUCUACCGUGAUCGAGCUUGCGCUGAUGGUUCUCAUCAUGUUCCUUCCGCACAUCUCUAGCUCAUUGACCUCCGACCACCGCAUUGCCAAGCUGUUCCUAAUCUACAGCAGACUUCUCUGUUGGGACAAGUUUGCUACCUCUGGUGAUGCCAACAGCACCAGUGGGGCAUCAGAAGGCCACACGGAAGAGAGUUCAGAUGAGGACGAUGAUUCUGACCAACAGUGGGAGAAGGCGGAACAGUCCUCGGACUUCCUUGACAACUCUGCACCAGGCUUGCUCCACUACUUCACGUUUCUCUACGGUCUCUUUCCUCUCAACUUCAUGAGCUUCAUACGAAAGUCAAGGAAAUUUCUUAAAUCGUUGGACUUUCCAGGUGCUGAUGACUUUGAUUUGGACCAGGAUUUGAUUCACCGGAGAACAGAACCUUACCGGCGCGUUCACCGAUUGCAUCCAAACAUGUUCACAACGACCAUCGAGGAUGAGCUGAACGAGAACCGUUGGCUCAAGAGCGACCCUGCAGAUGUGGUUACGGAAUGCAUGGACCUUUGCAUUGCUGUCUCGACAACACUGGACGACCCCGGGCCGCCGCCUACUACUAAGCUGCCCGACCUUCCUGUCCCUCCUUCAAAACGCAUCUCACAGGCAGAUUUCACGCUCGAAGAUGACGGGAUCGCCACCAGUGAGUCCGCAGCCAGCUGGCGAAAUACUCAAUCAACCAUGUUUGCCGCCUCAGCGAAUGGCCAACCAGACCACUUAGAUUUUCCUCCUCCUCCAAGAAGCAAAUCUGUGAAAUCCUCUAAAUCUGCUUCUCCGUUAUUGAAAAGCCAGGACGUCCUGGAUAGUCCAACCUUACCACCUGCAAAGGACGAGAAGAAGCAAAACGCUAAGCCUGGUCUCUCUUUGACUGGUCCACAACUGCCGACCCCUCCUCCCCGCCUGGAGAACUUUGCACAGGCCUUGACAACAGGGUCUAACUCGCCUACACACUCGGAAUUCCAGAACCAGAGUAUGGCUUCUUUGCAGAGGGAGAUCAUGCUCUUGCGAAACGACCUCAAUUUCGAGCGGUAUCUGAAACUGCAGCAUUUGGCUCAUAUUGGCCAAUUACAGAGGAAGAAUAUUAAAGAGGCAACGGCAGAGGCAGAGACUCAAAAUCUAAUCAACACUAACCGAGCUCUCAAAGCAAGACUGGCCAAGGCAAACGAGUUAUACACCCAGUUGAAGAAAGAAACCCUUAUCAGCCGAACCCAGUCCAAAAAGUGGGAGGGCGAGCUCAGUGCGAAGGUCAGAGCAUAUAGGGAAGACCAAAAGGUGUGGCAUGGCGACGAAGACAGUUUACGAUUUGAACUUCAGAAGACUCAGCAAGAUUGCGAGCACCUAAAGAGGAUGGUUGAGAAGGCCGAGGCUGAGCAAUUGAGGGCCCAACAAAGAACACGAGCGUUAGAGAUCGAGCUCGUGGAUUACGGCAACGUUCGGCGCGACCUCGAGGCGGUACAGGAUAAAGUUAUGAUGUUUGAAGACCAGAGCAAGGAUCUACAAGACCUUGUGAAAGAGCGAAACGAAUUACGUAACGAGUUAGAAGUCGCGAACAUGAGACUGAGCAGCCGAGAGCAGGAGAGAGAACGGUCUAUCAAAGCGUACGAACGGCGCAUCAGGGAGCUUGAGUCCCGCUUACAGGUGGCGGAAAAAAAUGCUGGGAGGCCUGGUCAACUAUCUCCUUCCGUUCAGCAGAUGCUCGAUUCAGCGAUGGCCGCAAACAAUGCGAAACUACAGCAGAUGAAGAAAACCCACUACCGCCUUUUGGAGCAAUACACGGAGCUAGAAAUGAAAUAUCACGAUCUUGAGGGUGAUCAACAGGCCGGCUUUAGGCACCUCCAGGACAAACCCAGUUACCAGGACCUCGAAAAGGAAUCACUCAAUCGAAACUUUAGUAUUCGCCAAGGUAACGUUAACGUUGCUCCAUACAACUCCAAGUAUCUGCCACCAAUCACCUCAGAGCACCAACUUGAGGAGUAUGACUAUUAUAAUGAGUACCAUUCUCCCGUUUCUAGCAACAGCCCCUCUACAGCCAAUUACCCUGCCCGUCCAGUGCGCCUUGAGUCCUUGGCAGCUCAAAAGUCGCCAAAAGAACCAGGUACCCCUCAGCAUGGGCAGGAUUUCUCUGCAGCUUACGAGUCCUCUCUGAAUGCGCAAUUCCAAGCCCCGAACGCAACCGAGACCGUGCUAUCGAGUAGUAAGAGCGCUUUCUCAGUGUCCACCAGUAGUAGCAAGGGAGACGAGAAGAAAAAGGUUUCAUCAAAAUCAGAGGUCCGUGUAUACGGGCGUGGUGGCGCUCAGAACAUCGGGAAGAAAGUAAAAGAACCCAAAGAGGAGAAGCAGAAACAAACCAAAACAGGGGGCUUCCGUUUGAAGGGAAUCAUAUGA